AUGGAUACUAGUAUCAAUACUCUCAACCCUGCGAAUAUCAUUGUCAACUACACCUUGCCAAAUGAUCCUAGAGUAAUUAGUGUCCCAUUUGGAGCUUUUGACGAAUAUGUUAACCAAUCUAUGCAAAAGGCCAUUAUCCAUGGAGUUUCCAUUGGUUCAUGCACCAUAAUGCUUUUAAUUAUUUUGAUCUUCAAUGUCAAACGCAAGAAGUCGCCAGCUUUCUAUCUUAAUUCGGUUACGUUGACUGCAAUGAUUAUUCGGUCUGCUCUUAAUUUGGCAUAUUUGCUAGGUCCUUUGGCUGGAUUAAGUUUUACGUUCUCCGGCUUGGUAACUCCAGAAACCAAUUUCUCUGUCUCUGAAGCCACCAAUGCUUUCCAGGUUAUUGUUGUUGCUCUUAUCGAGGCGUCCAUGACAUUUCAGGUGUUCGUCGUCUUCCAAUCACCAGAAGUGAAGAAGUUGGGUAUAGCUCUUACCUCCAUAUCUGCAUUCACGGGUGCUGCUGCUGUAGGAUUUACUAUCAAUAGUACAAUCCAACAAUCGAGAAUUUAUCAUUCAGUUGUCAAUGGAACUCCUACGCCAACGGUCGCUACCUGGUCUUGGGUUAGAGAUGUGCCUACGAUACUUUUUUCUACUUCGGUUAACAUAAUGUCUUUCAUCUUGAUUCUCAAGUUAGGGUUUGCCAUAAAGACAAGAAGAUACCUUGGCCUUCGGCAAUUUGGCAGUUUGCACAUCUUAUUGAUGAUGGCUACUCAAACAUUAUUGGCCCCAUCUAUUCUCAUUCUUGUACAUUACGGAUAUGGCACAUCUCUGAAUAGCCAGCUCAUUCUUAUAAGUUACUUGCUUGUUGUUUUGUCUUUACCAGUAUCCUCUAUCUGGGCAGCAACAGCCAACAAUUCUCCUCAACUUCCAUCUUCCGCAACUCUUUCAUUCAUGAACAAAACGACCUCUCACUUUUCUGAAAGC